AUGCAUCGUCCCAGAACUCUAGGCAAUGGCCUGAAAAGGCUCGUCCCUGCUCUGCGGAGCCGUCGCAGCUACGUGACUGAGGCUGACGUCGAAUCAGCUCGGCGGUACUGCUUGAGGCAGCUUCACGAUUACGAUGCUCACCUCAUCCGCCGGUUCAUGCCGCCUCCCGUCCAGGACACAUACGCCGCCCUCCGCGCACUGAAUCUCGAGCUCGUCCGGCUGCCCGAGAUGGUGUCGAAUCCCACCAUUGGCGUCAUGCGCAUGAAAUUCUGGCACGAUUCCAUCGAUAAGACGUUCGCCGGACAGCCUCCGCGCGAGCCAAUCUGCAUCUUGCUCCACCAGGGCCUACAGCAGCUCGAGCAACGGGCAGGCGGCUCGACGACAAAGUCGAUCAAAUUCUGGGUCUCGCGCCUUAUCCGGACGCGCGAGAGGCACAUGGACAAUCGGCCCUUCGCAACCCUGGCCAGCCUGGAGGACUAUGCCGAGCACACGUACUCCACGAUGCUGUAUGCGACUCUUGCAUCCAUGCCGUUGCGGUCAAUGCACGUGGAUCACCUGGCCAGCCAUAUCGGCAAGGCGUGUGGCAUCGUCGCUGUGCUUCGGGGAGUGCCCGUCCUCGCCGCCCCCGCGCAGCCCGUCCAGACGCCCUCCGGUGUCGAAACCCCGAGCCGCAACCAGGCGCUCCUGCUGCCCCUCGACAUACUGGCCGAGGAGGGGGUCAAGGAGGAGCAAGUCUUCCGGCAAGGCCCCAACGCACCCGGCCUGCAGGAUGCCAUCUUCAGGGUGGCCACGCGCGCCAAUGACCAUCUCAUCACAGCGCGGGAGAUGCUCAAGAGGUUAAAAGCGGGGCAGGAUCCCGGCCACGACUUUGAGCAUCAGGGCGAGGGCGAGCACCAGUAUGACGACGAGAGCGACACUGCUCGCGAUGUGCGGCGUGGCUUCGGUGUCUUGCUCGAGGCCGUUCCCGCGGCCCAAUGGCUGCUCAACCUGGAGAAGGCCAACUUCGACCCAUUUGCCGUCAAGAGUAGUGGGGCCGUCGCAAAGAUGCUCUACGAACUCAUUGCCAUUGUCCGGCCGGGCAACCUCACCGAGGUGAAAGAAAUCGCCCAAACCGUCGGCUCCCUCGUCCUCAAAAACGGCGGCGUCAUCCGCGGCCUCUCCAACUGGGGCGUCUUCUCCCUCCCCAAGCCAAUCUCCAUCCACCAGAUGAAGCACACCCACGGCCACUACUUCGUCAUGCGCUACGACUCCUCCCCGCGCGUCCACCACGACGUCCGCUCCACGCUGCGCCUCGAGCCGCGCAUGAUCCGCGCCGCCCACGUCAAGCUCGGCGACGGCAAGCUUGAGACUGUCUCGAGAUUCGGCCCGCCCAAGUGGAGGACACAGGGCAGCGAGGCGUAA